AUGGCUCAGCUUCGCCAGCUCAAUCUCGGAGUCAAUAGCUUCUUCGGAAACAUCCCUGCAUCUAUUGGGCUAUUAACAGAGUUGAGGUCACUUCAGCUUUUCCAUAUUCCAUUUAGCGGUUCUUUCUCACCAAAAAUUGGCAACUUGUCCAAUCUCGAACGACUAGAAUUGGCCUACAUGACGAGGAUCACAACAACGUUGCCUUCGGAGCUCACAAGGAUGAAGAAACUGAAGUAUCUUUGGGUGGCAGGUUCUAAUUUGGUAGGAGAAAUCCCAGACACGAUUGGAGAAAUGGUGGCACUGGGGCAUUUGGAUUUGCCAAGAAACAAUUUGAGCGGAAAAAUUCGGAGCGGUUUGCUUAUGCCGAAGAAUUUGAGUAAAGUGUAUCUUUACAAAAACAAAUUGUCCGAAGAGAUUCUUGGGGUGGUUGAGGCUUCAAACAUAGAUGUUAUUGCUCUCUCCGAGAAUUACUUGACCGGGACAAUACCCAAUGAUUUUGGAAAACUCACCAAAUUGUCGGGUUUGAGUUUAUUUAUGAAUCAAUUCUCUGGAAAAAUUCCAUAUAGCAUAGGUCGUCUUUCGGAGUUGAUAAAUCUUAAACUAUUUAACAAUAAUUUAUCAGGUACUCUACCUCUAGGCCUUGGGCGGCUUACUGGCCAGCUGCCACAACACUUGGGUGAUAAUGGAAGGUUGGUAGGAGUGGUAGCUUCCGACAACAACCUCAGUGGUCAAUUGCCCAAGUCGCUUGGUAAUUGCAAUAAUUUGAUAUUUCUUAAUGUUCAGAAUAAUAGGUUUUCUGGGAAUAUUCCUAUUGGCCUAUGGACAUUAAUGAAUAUGGGCAGCUUAUUGUUAAGCAACAAUUCAUCUAUGGGUGAGCUUCCUGAGAGAUUGUCACAUAAUCUUUCUCGAUUAGAAAUCGGUCACAACAGCCGAAAUGCAAUCUCUGGACAAAUUCCAGAGGAAUUUGGUUCUUUACCACACCUUACUGAUUUGGACUUAUCAGAAAAUCAACUGUCUGGCAAAAUUCCACCGCAACUUGGCCUCCUGUAG